ACGCGGGGAGGGGGGCUGGAGCCGCGCUGACGGCCUUGGCCAGGGAAUUUCAAUUUCGAAUGAGGCUGAGGAAGGAGGCGGCGCAGCGGCCAGACGGGGAAGCGAGAGGCAGGAGGAGGAGGAAGCCCGCCGAGGAGACCUUAAUUGCUCAUCAAUAUGCAAAGUAUGAUAUGCAAAAGCAAAUGAGAUUCAAGUUGCCUUAGACAAGCAAGUGAAAAGGUGCAUCCUGUGACCAUGACGACUGAAGUUGGUUCAGACACGGAAGUAAAGGAAUCGGAGAACCUGGGAUCAAAUACAGCAAAGGAAGAUGCUGGGGAUGCACCAGAUAGUCAAAAAGAGCAGACAUCUGAAAUUAAAGAGAGUUCUCCCACUUCACAGGUGCCAGCUAGUCAAAGUAGCCCCAGUCGCUCCGGAGGAAAGGGAAUUUCUCGCUUCAUCCCCCCCUGGCUUAAGAAACAAAAAUCAUACAGCUUGGAAGAACCCAAAGAUGAAACAAAGAAAAAACAGCCAGCAGCAGCAGCAGCAGAAGAAAUGGGAGCAGAGGAGGGUGAAUGCCAUCUUCCAGAAGAGACAGCCCAGACUAAGGGAAAACUGGAGGACAUUGCUGAGAUUCGGCAAGAAGCUAAAGCAGAUGACAGAGAGGAAAAACAUUCUGUUAGUAGUGCUGAGACACAGCCUGCUAAAGAAGACAGUAAAGAAAUUGUUUUUGAAGUAAAAGAAGACAAACAAGAUUCAGAGGAAGGCCAAAGGGAGUCCAAAGAGGUGCAGACAGGUGAAAUAAGAAUUGAGAGAGUUCUUCCAAAAACUCCUAAGAGGACCAGAACUGUCCAAUGUAAAGUGGUUCUUUUGGAUGGGACAGAAUACAGCUGUGACCUUGAGAAAAAGGCUAAAGGCCAUGUGCUAUUUGAUAAGGUGUGUGGACAGCUUAACUUAUUGGAAAAGGACUACUUUGGUUUACUGUUUCAAGACCACGCUGAUCAGAAGAAUUGGCUUGAUCCUUCAAAGGAAAUAAAGAGGCAAAUUCGCAAUUUGCCCUGGCUAUUUACAUUUAAUGUGAAGUUUUAUCCCCCGGAUCCCUCACAGUUAACAGAAGACAUCACCAGGUACUUCCUAUGUUUGCAGCUUCGGCAGGAUAUUGCUUCUGGCCGCCUACCAUGUUCUUUUGUGACCCAUGCUCUCCUUGGUUCAUAUACUCUACAAGCAGAACUAGGUGACUAUGAUCCAGAGGAACACAACAGUGAUUACAUAGGGGAAUUUCAGUUUGCACCUAACCAGACAAAAGAGAUGGAGGAGAAAGUAGUAGAGUUGCACAAAACACACAGAGGCUUGACUCCAGCACAGGCAGAUUCCCAAUUCUUAGAAAAUGCUAAGAGACUUUCCAUGUACGGAGUGGAUUUACAUCAUGCUAAGGAUUCUGAAGGCGUUGACAUCAUGUUAGGGGUAUGUGCCAAUGGGCUUCUUAUUUACAAGGACAGACUCCGAAUCAAUCGUUUUGCCUGGCCCAAAAUACUGAAGAUUUCUUACAAACGCAGUAACUUCUAUAUUAAAGUCCGACCAACUGAGUUGGAACAGUUCGAGAGUACUAUUGGGUUUAAGCUGCCAAACCAUCGGGCUGCGAAGAAAUUAUGGAAGGUUUGUGUGGAGCAUCAUACAUUUUAUAGACUUGUAUCUCCAGAGCAGCCUGCCAAGGCCAAGUUCCUGACACUAGGUUCCAAGUUCCGCUACAGUGGGCGUACUCAAGCACAGACACGGCAGGCUAGCACUCUCAUAGACAGACCUGCUCCGUACUUUGAACGGACCUCAAGCAAACGUGUUUCCAGGAGUCUUGAUGGUGCUCCAGUGGGCAUUGCAGACCAGAGCCUGCUUAAGGACUUUUCUGCUACAGCUGUGGGGCCUGCUGGUGAUAGAAUCUUUGAAGCUUCCGGACAGUUCAAAUCAAAAGAUGGGGAAGGUAGAGAUGAGGAUGGAGGCAUAAGUAAAAUGCCACAAUUAGGAGAUGGAAAGACCUUUUCCUUGAGAAUAGAUGGGGAAAAUAUUUAUGUCAGACAUAGCAAUUUAAUGUUGGAGGACCUGGAUAAGACCCAGGAUGAAUUACUGAAGCAUCAGGCUAGCAUUAGUGAACUCAAGCGCAAUUUUAUGGAAUCCACUCCUGAGCCACGCCCUAAUGAAUGGGAAAAGCGGCGUAUCACACCUCUGUCUCUACAGACACAAGGGAGCCUAGAAGAGGAGAUAGCAUCAAUUUUAUUUAGUAAAGAGGGUUUUUCCACUAGCAUGAAAUCUGCCUUCACUUCAGCUACCUUGUGGACAGCAGAGGGCACUGUUGUGAAAGAUAAUGUACCUUCUGAAAAGCUUUCUGCCUCGCCCUUCUCUCAGCUGCCUGAGAAAUUUACUCCCCAAACAGAAGAGCCUUUCAUUGGAGCCAGCAGGACGAUUAAGAGUUCGCAUGAGACUCUGAACGUAGUGGAGAAGAAGCAGGCAGAGGUUGGGAUAGAAGAGACAGUAGUCACUGCCGAUACCAACAGAGGCAAAACACAACUUGUCUCUGGUGGUGGGCAAACUCAGAAGAUGGAGCACCUAUCAAAGAAGGAUUCUUCAUCACUGUCAUCAAGUAGCAGCAGUAGUGAGAGUGAAGAUGAAGUAGGAGAAUAUCAGCCACACCAACGGAUGACUCAGGGUGCCAUAAAAGAAGAAAUAGAAGAAAAUGAAGUUAUCAUAGAGGAGGGAGAACACAAUGCACAGGCAACAGUGUGUGCAGAAAUUUCACAAGAAGCCAGUCCAGUUCAAGUAACAGUUACGCACAUACCAGUGACAGAAACAUUGGUCCAGGCGAACGAGGUAUCCACCAAGACACCCGGAGAGGGACACCCGGCAAAACUGGAUAAGCAAGGCCUGAAAGAAGAGAGGGUGGAAGAGCAGCUCAAAGUAAAUGGAGAGGCAUCGCAUAGUGACAUUGAUGUUUCACAGCAAAUAAUUUGUUGCUCCGAGCCUCCAGUGGUUAAAACUGAGAUGGUGACCAUUUCAGAUGCUUCACAGAGAACUGAAAUAUCCACCAAGGAAGUACCAAUUGUUCAGACAGAAACUAAAACGAUCACAUAUGAAUCUCCCCAGUUUGAUGGCAGUGGUGAUGCUGGUGUGCUGUUGAGUGCACAGACGAUCACUUCAGAAUCUCUUUCUACAACCACAACCACACACAUCACAAAGACAGUAAAAGGUGGUGUGUCAGAAACCAGAAUUGAAAAGCGGAUUGUUAUCACUGGCGAUGCAGACCUUGACCACGACCAGGCAUUGGCACAAGCCAUUAAAGAAGCCAAAGAACAGCAUCCUGACAUGUCUGUAACAAGAGUUGUGGUGCAUAAGGAAACAGAUCUUCCGGAAGGAGGAGAAUAAGAAUUCUGAAGACUGAUUUGUGACCGAAGAACUUUGAUCAUUCAAGUCGGUGUCCCCACCGCUACUUCACUGACUUCACCAAGCCUGGUGACAAUGGCCAGACAUUUCCAGAACAAACUGCCGACACCAAAACUUAUCUUCUCUGGUCCUUUACCAUAUAUGUCUCUUAUUUUUAUAACCACUUCUUAACAUUCUUGGCUUUUUAUGAGGUUUAGAGAUUUAUUAUUUUUUCCACAUUUCCCUGACAUUUUAUAUAACUGAUUUCUUGAUUGCAUGAAAGUGAACAAAAAUAUUUAGUAAGCACUUUUCACUUUAGCAAGUGCAGGAAGGAAAGAAUCUUUCACUAAGUCUUUUCAAGAUGUUUCCAAAUAAAGCCUCUUAAUGGGAUAACAGCUUUUUUCAGAUUAUUCAGGUAAAUAAAACAUCAAAUAAUAUAAGAAAUACAUUAUCUUGUAUUAAAAUAAAACACAAAGCUUUCCUAUGACCUGGUGGGGAAAAUAAAUUAAGAUUUGUAUGGAUGUUGUACAAACUCCUUAUAGUCUGUUCUGAGGAUCUCCCACUUUCUGAAGGGAACUGGUGCUGGUAUACUAUAGAAGAGAUAGUUAUAAAGAUGUUUCUACUGACUGAGCACUGUUUUAGUAACUUCUCUGCACUUCAGUGCCAUUGUUCAAUUUCUUCGUGGACACUUUGGUCUGCAACAUUCCAGACAGGAUAGGAAGGACUUUGCUCUCUUCCCUUCUGGCAAAGAUAAUCCAGGCAGCUUAAAACCUUAGUGCUUUUCUCUUAACAUGUUAAAUGUCAAACACUUUGAUUAUAUGAAUACAUGUGCAGAAUGCUUGCAUUACAUAACUCAUUGUCUACCUGUUAUAACUGACACGUCUGUUGAGCAGUUGUCUUUAAGUAGUUCGCCUGAUGUACUUGUACAGGUUUUCAGGACAUUGAGGGACUGGGGGGCAGCCAAGGACCCAUUGUAAGUAGUAUGGGAACCAACUGCUGAGUGAGGCUGCUAGUCACUGAGGAGGUCUAUAUGAAUACCUGCUAACUGUCUCUUUCCCACAUACUUCACUGUUCACCUUGUGUAUAGUUAAGAUGCCAUAUUAAAUUUAUAGCAGCUUGAAGUUGUAUUAAGUGAUAUUUUGCUUUCUGUAAUACUGUUAUAAAAUAAAGUUUCUUUAUUCUCUAAA